AUGCGAGGGAGUGGCUUAAGUAUUGAACGCUUUAUCAAGGGCAAAGCACAGCGAUCCAAGAGUGAUGCCAAGAGUAAAAAGAAGAGUAUUAUUUACAAGGCACAACGUCGACGUCAGUAUGAGAAGGUGAAGAAAUGUGAAAAACGAAGUGUAUCCAUUGGUGAGGACGCAGACAAGGCUACGGGAUUGACGUUCUAUGAUCGGUUCUUUAGUGACCUCAAGAGCAGCAAAGAAGAUGAAGAGUUAAAAGAGGUGGAAGCACGAGUUGAAAAGUGUCAAGACGAACGAGUCGAGCGGAAACACGUGAUGAAACCUGAUCCGUUCUUUAAAGCAAAGAAGAAGGCAGCAGUCACAAAGGUUGAGAAACAAAGAGUUUAUCUGGACAAACAGAAACGGGUACAAGCUACAGAGAAGAAAGUCACAGCGCGGAAAAAGCGCCACGUGAAGCUGAGUCAGCGCACGGCGACGGGACAACCUGUUGUGAAGAAUCAUAUUCAUGACAUUUUGUCACGAUUACAGGCCGAGAAGAAGCAGGAUGACAAGUAA